GCGAGCAGAGACGAAGGAGAGAGAGCUGGGAAUAAGAAGCUCAGUCUUGCCAAUGUGGAUGCAGCAAUGACCGAAACGCCGACGUGCGACAGCGUGGACGUGCAGGUGGAUGCGUCACAACGAGCACUGCCACCACCACCACCACCACCACCACCACAGCCUCAGAGUGCGUGUGGACAGCUCCUGGUGGUCGUCAAGCAGCUCACGGCGCUCUUCCACGAGAGCUCGGCGGGAUCGCUGUACACGCUCUUUCUGAUGUUCAUGGCGUUCAGCGUGUCCAACCUGUGCAUGUACGUUGUGCCGCAGGUCAGUCAGGUGCUCGAGCAGGAUCUCCACUUUGGCGACGGACAGGGCGGCGGCGUCGAGUACUACGUCCUGGCUGGAUCGGUCUUUGUGGUCAUCUUUACCAUUGCGGGCAUCCCGAUGGGCAUUCUGGGCGACCGCUACGACCGCAGACGCAUGCUGGCAGUCGCAGUCGCCUCAUGGAGUGCCAUUACCAUGGCGUCGGCCGCCUGUCAAGCGUACUGGCAGCUGGUUCUCUGCCGUGUCGGAGUUGCGAUCGCAAUGGCCGCAUGUGCUCCGUUUGCAGCAAGUAUCCUCGCCGAUCGCUUUGUGCAGAAUCGAUCUGCCGCCAUGAGCGUAUUCUACUGGGGUAUCUACUUUGGCUACAGCGCUUCUUACGCAGUAGGCAACUUGCUAUCCGAGCCAAUCGGCUGGCGGUGGUCCUUUGUUGUGGCUGGAUCGCCUGGCUUGAUACUCGCAGCGCUGAUUGCCUGGACCAUCCACGAACCUGUGCGCGGCGAGGCAGAACGCGCUCCUGCAGCACAGCCCCGGCUUCAUCGUGCCGCCUCAUCAGAGAAGGAUCAAGAAGAAUCCGCGCUUUUGGGAAAUGAUUAUGGUUACCAAACUUUAUCCGACAACCCGCCCGUUCCCCAACAGCUCAAUCGCGGUCAAGAUACUGGCGUCUACACUGUGCGCGAGUCCUUGAUUCGCUUUUGCACUUCCAAGCCCGCCCUCGUGCUGUGCGCUGCCGGCGCGGUGCGCAACUCGGCCGGCUAUGUCUGGUCGUUCAACACCAAUCUCUUCUACAAGAACGUACGACACUUGUCUCCAGACCAAAUAGCCGCGUGGAUGAGCUGGACGCCGCUGGUCAGUGGCUCGAUCGGAACAAUGCUCGGCGGCGCUCUGGCCGACUGGUUUGGGUUGCGGUACGGCGGGCGAUCCCGCGUCUGGCUCCUCGUUGCCAGCCAAGUGCUUGCUACCCCGCUCGCAGCCGGCGCUCUGUGGCUGGACUAUCCGUGGUGCUUUGUCGUUCAGCUGCCAGCAAACAUUUUUAGCGAGAUGUGGAUGGGUGUCACCAUGGCCCUCGUUGUCGAUCUCUUCCCCAUCCGCAUGCGCUCGUUUGCGGUCGCAUUGUACUUUUUCAUCAUUCAGAACAUUGGCGGCAAUGCAACCGUUCUCGUCGAUCCGCUGCAGUACAACGCAGGUCUCGGCCUGCAGGACGCAUUGCUGGUGCUCUUCCCCGGCACCUACUUGCUCAGCGCUGUGCUUUUCGCACUUGCUUACUGGCCGCUCAAACAGGAGGACGGUCGGCGUCAGUCAGACACGCGUCCGCUGCUUUCGUCGUGAUAGGAGAACUUCACAACAGCAAAGGACGGCCAUUCGCCUCUCUUCCCCUAUUUCCCCCCCCCCUUUCCUUUUUGUACUUUAAUAGCCGCAGGUUUGUUGUACUUGUACUUUGGCUCUGUAGACUAACAAGAAACAGAUUCCAUGUAUGACUG